AUGCAAGGUAUCAGUAUGAGCAACACAAUGCAAAGAAGACAAUUUUCUGUAUUAGCCUGUGUGUUUCAAUCUAUUUUCGUAGCAUUAUUCGCCAUUUUUGGAGAAUUUCAUAAUCACGAGGAAGAUAAACACAAUCGGGUUCAUGCCAAUUAUCCAAUGUUUCAGGACAUUCAUACAAUGGUGAUAAUCGGCUUUGGAUUUCUCCUCUCAUUUCUAAAAAAAUAUGGCCUCUCGGCUUUAUCCAUAAAUUUGUUGCUAUGCUCUUUUGUUAUGCAAUAUGCACUAUUGUUGAGAGGAUUUCUAAGCCCCGAAUUUUUGGAGACGGGCCUUUGUACUAUCUCUAUUGACGAGUUGGUACAAGCAGACCUCUCAUGCGUUACAGUUCUUAUUACAAUGGGUGUUCUUCUAGGCCGACUGACACCCGUUCAGUUUCUUGUCCUAGCCUUUUUAGAGACCUCAAUAACUGUUUUACUCGAGCAUUUGCUUUACAAUGUUCUUUUUAUUAACGAUGCUGGUCGUUCGCUUGUUGUUCAUUGUUUUGGUGCUUACUUUGGCCUAGCUGCAGCCAAAGUCUGUCAUAGACAGAAUACAAUGGUAGUAGAUGAUGAUGAGUCCAGUGGGCAUUCUUCUGAAUUAUUUGCCAUGCUUGGAACCCUAUUUAUUUGGUCAUUCUUCCCCUCCUUCAAUGCUGGCUCAAUUCCUCAUUCUACACCGGAAAUGAGACAUCGAGCUUUCUUAAAUUCAUAUUUGGCAAUGGCUGCUUGUACUACCGCCACUUUUAUGCUUAGCUCCUUAGCUGAUCACUUGGGUCGUUUCAAUAUGGCCCAUAUUCAAAGCUCUUCUCUAGCUGGUGGAAUAGCUAUAGGUGCAUUUGCUAACGUUAUUCUUUAUCCUCAUCAUGCAAUUGUUGUUGGGGCAGCUGCCGCACUUGUUUCGGUAGUUGGGCAUGUCUUUGUUACGGUGAGAGAGCCAUAA